AUGUGUUACAUCUCUCCUGUGUGGUCCAUGGACCAAUUUAUGGCCGUGUUAUGGGUUGUACUGUAAAUGGUUUUCUCUCUCUCUAUAUAUAUAAAAGUUUGUAUAGAGCGAGAAAACCUGGCCCAGUUUCCAAUUGGGGGGCUACAAAGCAUUCGAAUACUUCUUUUUGGUCGACUGCUUGAAAUUGUCUUCUAUCUCCUUGGUUAAACUGGAAGAGAGUUUUUUUAGCUUACUAGUUUCGCACAGAGCGAUCCCCUUUUUUCUGUUCGUUUUGGUGCACACUGAAAAGCCUUUCCUCACAUGAUUUGUAGCAAAAGCAAAAGGAGGACGCGAAACAGUAACUUCAGCGACCUGCAAUAAACACGAAUAUGCAAUGAGAUGUGGAAUGGUGAAAGUGAUCACUGUUCACAGGUGUAGACAGUGGCAUAUUCAGAUGCAUUGAAUGUAGUUCACCGCCAAGGCAUCGACCCAUACCCAGGGGAUGGGAGGAUCAGGUAAAGGACAGGUCGCUGGUCAGGCACUACGAGAUGUAAAAUGCGCACAAUACAAGGAGCUGGGGUAAUACUGUAAAAAAAAAACGAAUUGUCGAAAAGCCUGUGUAGCCGGCGGGAUCGUUAGCGCAAGCAAAGGUUUGGCAGGGGAGCUGCUGAGCCGUGCGGAGAAUUGGGAGCAGACGCCUUAACCGCUUUCGACACUAGCUUCUCCAAAACUCUCAAAACAAAUCCGCUCAGUGCAGGCUAGUUGUGGGGUAUGUCGCCCCAUGUAAUGGGAUUCCGGAUUCCGGAAUCCGGGAAAUUUUUGGUGGUAGAAUCCGGAAUCCUGGGCUUUGGAAUCCGGAAUACAGCUCAAGGAAUCCGAAAUCCCACUAACGAUUGGAAUCCAAAAUCCAAGGUCCACUUAACGAUUCCAGAUUCUAGGUAGUCCACGGCGAAGAAAUUAAGAAUCCCAGACUGUCCUGGAUUCCCUUACAUGGGGCGAGGUAUCCAUUGUUGUGGAAAUCUUUCUUGUUUACGGCGGUUUGAGAUCGAAACAUAUAGUGUCUUUUGCAAGGUGUGAGAGGUGUUUUGUCUAGUUUUGCGAGGGGAAUCAUAUCCUGGCGUAUAUUUUGUGGCAACCUUCCAAAGCCAGGGAAAAGCCCCCUGGAGACGAGGUCGGCCAUAGUAAUUAGGAAAAAAUCCGUUCCUUCACUGUUUCUUGUUGAACUCCGGUCUGUGUGGUAAGAUUAAACUGGCCGGAGAAAUCUGAGUAAUACAGCAAAAUUGGCUACUGAGCAGGGGCACCCAACGUCAAUUUUUUGUAAAUAUCUGUUCGGAAGUUCGGAAGACGAUUUGAGAUCUAGAUUUUUCGGAACAUUUGUUGCAAAAAUCAUCCCUUGCCUGCCUCUCGUAGGAUUUUCGAACAUCUAAAAAAUGGUAUAAUUGCCCAUUCUCAACGGAUUUUUACCUCAAAAAGGUCACCUAGAAUUUUCGGGAGCCUUUUUUCUGGCUGAAAUGUUCGAAAAGGUUUUGAUCCCUAUAAUUUUCGGAUCACUAGAUGAAAAAUUUUUAGGGGAUAACAAUAUGCCUAUAUCUACCGUUUAAAUACUAAAAUACGUUCAACAAUGCUGUGUUUAAGUGGUUUUGAACUAUAUUCUCGUUGGGUGCCCCUGACUGAGGUAUGUUGCUUAUUGCUGCUCACUAAUAUCGAUUAACAAAAACAGAAGUCCAAAGUUUAAAGUCGAAGUGGGUUAUUGCGCUAAAUUGGAAGUCGGAAGUAAGAAAUCAGAUCAGAAGUGGAAGACGGAAAUCGGAAAUCAGAGGUAGUAUCUCUAGUCUCUCCUCGGCUAAGUACGAUACUGGCGGUUAAACUAAUCCCCGACGAUUUUAGUUUUUGUUCGCACACUCCGACGAUCUCUGUAAUAAGAAAAGUCUUAAUCAGGAAGGAAUGUGAACUCUGAACAGACUAGUCACAUCCGUUCACAAUAAGAAUUUUUUAACAAACAAGGGCAAAAAAAGCCUGUCCUGCGUGGCCAUAAAAAUAGACAUUCGAACAGAGAGAAAUAGUGUAAUGAACAUGAUGGACGGACAGCCGUAGGAAAUCCAGCCGCGCUAAGAAGCCCUCUUUGUCAGAAAAAUAAAGUAAAUUCGCAGCAGGAAGUCGAUCGAACGCAAGGCAUGAGAUCAGGAACCGCUCCUGCGGCUUGAUGCUAUUAAAAGAUUGAUGAGUCGCCUGCGCUCGCAUUGCUGUUACGCGAUGAAAGGAAUUCAGAAUUCCUAAAAGGUCCUAUAAGAUUUUUCUAUCUAACAAAUGCUAUGAAUGCUCGAAUUAGCCCCCCCCCCCCCCCCCCCUCCCCCCCCCCCCGGCGCCAAAAAAAAACCCAAAACCCCCCCCCCCCCCCCCCCCCACCCCCCCCCCGGUAAUUAACAUCCCCUACGCCUCGAUCGGCACAUUUUCGACGUAUAACGAAGAACUGAUCUAGUUGGAUACCUCUGAAAGGGACGACGAAGCCCCCCCUGGUGGUGUUUGUGUUUGAAAAAAUAGUGGAGGCCCCGCGCCCCGCCUUGGUUUUCCGCGAGAAAAGAAAUAUAAAUAUCCCAAAAAUCCUUUAAAUAUUUUUUUUUUAACAAAAAAUUUUAAAUUCCCAAAUAGCCCCCCCCCCCCCCCCCCCAUUCGGCAAAGCCUAGAGGCCGAAAUAUAACUCCAUAACUCCCCUCCCGCCAUAACUCCCCCCUUUACCGGAUAUACGAUAUGUACAUGGCUAGAGAAUGAUGAUUUGAGGACAUAACAAGGACGGAUGUUUUUGGCACAGUUCCACUGACCGUAUGGUGCCUGAGGACCCUUGAGGAUAGAUUUUACAACACAAGUAGCCCAAGCGGCAAAUAUCACCAUCCGGCCCUACUGCAUAACCGUUCAAAAUACAAAGGAUUGUAUGGAGAAAAAACGAAUGUUUAUGCAAACCUAUGAAGGGAUUUCAUCAAUUAGUGGGUUACAGAAAAAAAUCGUUUUCCCCCGACAGCAUCCUUAUAGUUGGAAGGAUGCCGCGACAGUGCCAAAGGUCAUGAGUUUGGGGCACCUGUGGUCACAGCAAAGCAGAGAAAAUCUUUCAAUAAGAACUACCGAGACCAGGUUUUAUGAGCCCGCGAGACUGAGCACCCCACCCAAAUCCUUGUUUUCACUAAAACAACUGAACGCAGUAAAGUCAGCCUUUUCGAUAUUUUCCAUACAUUUCCCUUAAAUUCAAACAUUUGAGCGUUACACAGUUUGUUUGGGUCUCCUGUGGAGGACCAGAUUUCGAUGACAGUCAAGGGAUGACGUCAGUACACUUCAAGGAGACAUGAAACGUUGACAUAAUUAUUGUUGACAUGGUAGAAAAAUAUUUAAAAAUUGGAAAAUUGUACAUCUACGUAAAAACUGGUCGCAUAAUGGCCAAAAAGAAAUAUUGGAAAUUAUUGGCUAAGUUAGAUUUUAAUAAAUAAAUAAUUUUAACCGGAAUAAUUGAAGUUGCUGUUCACAAAUUUUUCGAGGUAGGAGUUCUAUUCUCUAAUCAAUUGGGAAAAACUAAAACUCAAGGACGUCUCUUUUUUUCGAUCUCCCCUUCGCCGUUCUCCGACUUCUUCUCUCCUGAAAAAAAGAACGCCUGAUCGCGGCAGGUUAGAUUCGAGUCGACAUUAAUGAGCGGAAUUCCGGUAACACUUGCGAGGCGACUUUGGUUCUCUGUGGAAAACCCACAGCCUGCAGUCAGUCCCAAUUAAUGCCUUCCGCUGCCAUUACCCCUUCUCGCUUCGUGACUGAGCCAAAUAUUGGAUCAACCGCACUAGGGAGGCCUGGGUACGAGAUCAUGACAAAGCGCAUCCGGUCCGAUACCCAAUGACAUCAUUUCCGGUGUCAUAUUUCUGUCUUUCAGCAGCUAUUCAUGUUGCAACUUUCGGUAUAAAGUCCUCAUUCAGAAUAGCGUCAGUUACAUUGCUCAAGCUGUGGAGAAGGCAUCAUAGAGCUUGAACUCAAGAUGAAGUUUGCCGUAGCUUUUCUCCUUGUUUGUGUGGCUCUUCCACAAGGUAAGCUGUACUGAAGAUCAUUGCUUUUUUUCUAACUCCUUUGUUUUUUUUUUUUAUGAUUAAACCAAGAUAAAAAGAGUAGAAGGGUCGAUCAAACAAGUCAAUUUCGACAGGAAACACGCGCGAUGCUUGUCCUCCUUGAGUUAUUAACAUUUGUGAGGCGUUUGCAAAGUGAAAAGCACUUUUCCACUUGCAUCUUUGCACGAAAGCAGCAAUUUUGUUCAUCAGAAUUCACGGACUGACGAUCCUGCCAGUUUUUUUAACGUAAAAUAUGUGAAUGCCCUUUGACGCAAUACGACCUGCGAGUUAAAUUAACAAAAGAUAACUGCGCAAUAGAUACAUCACUACAUGUACGAGAGUUUUCUGAGCAUAUUGUUUGAGGCAAUUCCUACAGAAAACCCAGAAAUGUAAGUGAUAUCAGCUCGCAAUCGAAGUCAGCACUGUAUCCCUAACAAUGAUGGCUGAAAACGAAAGCGGAAAAGGUUUUUUACGCUGAAAAUUCCAGCAGUACUUGACGACAAAAUCCCCCUCAAAAUCCCUCUCAGCAGCUGAAAUUGCUCUGGUCGCCCCGCCAACUCACGAUCACGUUUUACUCUGUGGCCGGGUAUAUUAUAUGUAUCAAUAUACCCUUUUUUAAAAGCUAUUCAGUUUUCUAAGUUUUUUCCUUUUCUGACGGAACUCUAAGUUAAUUUUGCCGCAGUACUUCCCUCGCCCUCAGGGCAAUAGCCGUCUCUCUCCUCUGACAGGCAACACAGGGGAAAAAGGCGAAUAAAAUCAAACUAAGCUCGACAGACUGCUCAUGUUUUUUGUUUAGUUUUGUUUUCCGUUUUUAUGCUUUCUGCCUCGUGACAGUCGAUGAGCAAAACUGACUAAAAAUGAAAGUUUUAAAAAAGAGAAAAAGCAGAACCUUGCCAAGUUGAAAUCUGAUCCCGGUAAAAAAAGAGUACACAAGAUACCUAAUACCCCUUACAGUCCUCGGGUCGAAGUCCGAAGUCUGAAUUCUUUGUUUGGCUCAAAUCCCGAGACACAAACAUCCUUUAACAAAUUUGUUGCCGUUGCUCUAGACAAAACAGCCCUAUUUUUGCCUAGGUUAAGAACGCACCCUCGAACGGUCAACUGUCUCUGGAGUAAGGGUUAACACGGAGAAAGAGACGCAAAUACUUCUUCUCUCGCCACACGAACCAUACGCGGGUGUGAGGCCAACGUGCUUCGCGCGAGGAUAUUACGCCGGGAAGCGCAGAAGACUGCAGUCUGCUGUGUGCAUGUUUCAGUGAGGGUGUGAAUUUCUGAUGUCUUAGGGAAUGAAAAUGUUGAAGUAGUUGUUGUUUUGUAGUUGUUAGUUUCCCUUGUUGUUCUCCUUCCUACUAUUAAAGUGAAAGGGCGAAAGAAAAUUUUUCCCAAAGCCUAUCUUCGUUCAGGAGGCUUGAUAGGCUUCUUGCCCAGGGGAUUUUCCCUUUCUUUCUUAAGUUAGGCGCGUCCUCACAGUUGUAGCCGAACUAAACUUGUGCCAAAAAACAUGCUGAAUUUCCCAGUCACAUUGCCUUCGCAUGACAUCCCGCUGAUUGUCAACGCGGAUGUAGGGUAGAAGUGCGGGGACAUGUAAAUCCAAGGGAAAGGGCAUUUCUGGAAAAUCGAGGUGGGAAAAAUUAUGCACUCUCACUUGUUAAGUAAAUACGUUCACAGGAAAUGACUACUUUGUAAAAAUAGUAUCAAAUGCUCUUUGACAUAAAAGAAAACUCUAAUCCAGUUUCGUGACUAGAACUACAUUUUUUUUUUUGCGGCCAGAAACAAAAACGAAAAUUGAUGCUAAUCAUAUAUCUGAAGUUGUUUAUUUUUGUUUCGUUGUUCUUAGUAUUCUUGGUAGAUACUCCCCGCUACGAUACUUAGUUAAAAAAAUGUUCGCUGAAAAAGAUCUCAUAACAUGACUUAAACACUUAACGCCGUUUUAAGGGUAUUUUAGCCCCCCAUUCUCCAUCCGGGAUAUGGUUCUGAAAGUCUGAUAAGUGCUAAUCCCGGAUUUAAAGUUAAAUCCAUGAUUGUACUUGUUUUAAAGUAUCAUUUUGUGUUAUCAUAACUUGUUCUCGGCUUCCAGUGAAAACUUCACAAUAUUAAAAGCUCGCAGCUAAAUAUUACCACAAGCGAAAAGAAUUAUGGGAACUGCCUUUACGCUGCACUUUCGGUUAGACGGGUGAUUGCGUCUUUUUUCGUUGAGAAAAACAGAGAAUACCACAAGUCUUUGAAAACGUUUAGUACCCGUUCACUGCGAGAUUGGAUAGUUAUCGAGUAGAAAAACAAAAGACUAGAUGAAACUGCAUGCAAUCCAUAAGAAAUCCUGAAAUAAUGUCAUUUAAAUGGAUAAGGUGGAGGUCAGGCAUGUUAAUCUUUGGCUCCUGUGGAUUGGUAUGCAAAGAAAAGACGAAAUAAAAGAACAUGACGGGACAAGGGGCGUUUUUAAUACUUCCGAUUCUUUCGAAUCCUUUCCCGCUGUUAUUGCUGUUUUUUUCGAUGUCGUAUUAAAUAAAGAAACCUUGAAAAAGAUCUUUAAAAUGCUUUUCAAACAAAACAAUUGAUCUCCAAACCUAUUAAGGGUAGAUUCAUCAUCCUCCUUUAUUUACGCGGCGUUCUCAUUGAUUUAGAACCGUCUAAAAUCAUAUGUUUUAGAAGAGUAUUACACUUGUUAAUCGCAAGUACGUAUCUAAGGGUCAAAGUCCGAAUCGAUCAAAUCGAAUUCCGUUACCCACCUCUAAGAGAUUUGCUUUUUUUAAACAGCAAAACAACCCGUAUGCAUGCGUAGAUCAAGAAUGUAGGACGCGGACUCCUCGAAAACCCAACCGAUUAACCGACGUUUUGCAUGUAUAUUUUGUGCUCGGUACAUAAUCGCUCCUGGGGUAGGGAUAUUCAUAUCGCUCUUGAGAGGUAAAAACUGCCUUACCUCCUCAGCGCUUCAUUCCCUGCUCGGCGUGACGAUUUUCAGCCCAUGUGAGGGAAUCCGGAUUCUCUGAAUCUAGGAAAUUUGGACAUGUGGAAUCCGGAAUCCAAGUUUCACUGACAAAGAAUCCGGGAUCCAAGAUCUUAAAAUGAAAGACUGUCCUUGAUUCCCUUGUAUGGGGCGACCAUUGACUGCGUUUCUUUUGAAGUCGGGGAUGUUUGUGGUUCUCUUAGCUAGGCGGCGAAAAAUAAAUUAGAUUGCAAUCAGUGUUGCCUGUAUAUGUUCGUAUUCAGGUUUAUUCCAAUAAAAGACAGGGAAAUUUCGCUCUAAACGUUUUAGUGUCUCAUUUGGCGUGUUUGUUCGGUGUUGUCAUGAAUGAAAACCAGCCACGUUAAGCUUAUUUGAUAAGUUAAAGAUAGCUAAAGCAUAACUGGGGGGGUAAUUAACGAAGUUUUAUACGGGGAGGCUCCACCUUGAGAUGCAACCUCUUACCCUUAUAAUAUAUACCAUUUUUGACAGAACACUUCAACAGGGACCCCUUUCCUUUACCUAUAAUUGACAAAAUGAUAUUCUUUUCACAUACCUAGUUUACAACUUUGCAUUCCUUUUAACUGCUGUUAAUGUUCAAAUGUGUAGUUCCAGAAAAUAUCCAUUCCCCGCCUACGGAGAGAAACGGAAAUUUCAAUGGGGGUGGGGUAGGAAAUUUCCAAGGGGGUGGGGGUGGUUUCUCGAGGUCUUUUGUCCGGGAAUUCCGAGUAAGAUUAAUAAAUUAUCAAAAACUAACAGCUGCUCUAAUGAGCAAGCUAUCAGUUAUUUUACUGUUAACGGUCUUUUAAAACAAAAAUUAUUGUAUUCAUCGAUGAUCUUUUAUUUACGGUCGGCUGAAUUUUUUCUUUUUUUCACGGCUUACGCCAUAAAUAGUUGUCAUCUGCUCUUGAAUAAACUUCCGGUUAUCUACCACCACAACAUAUUGUGAUAUUCACCGCAAUGUGAUCGUGUUUUAAGCCUUCUUCUAACAUGUUUUUAACUGAAAGGGAGAAAUUAAAGUCCACUCGAUGUUUAGUUUGAAUAUAAAUAGUUCUCAUUUGUGUCGUGUCGGCUCCUGGUCGUGUAAGGUAUCACGUCCACGGUUCUCAUUGACGUACCGUUAAUUUUUAACUAACAAAAACCUAUAUAUACAUGAAUAAAAGGAUUUUUCUCUCCUUGUCGCAUAAACGAUUAACUUUCGCAUAAUAAUAGUAUAGUGCAACACUAUUUUAGUCGCAAAUCUCUUUUCCAAGGGGUGCCUAACCAAGUUGAAAAAUUGUGGAAAUUCCAAGGGUUGGGGGAAGGGAGGGGGGUCUUACAAGUCUUACUCACUGGAAUUGAAAUUCCAAAAAGGUGGGGCGUCUAAGGCAAAAGUGUCCUCCGUGAGGGGUAUGGAUAUUUUGGGGAACUACACAAUAUGAAUAAAUCACAAAACGUGAGCGUUUUCUCGACUUUUUCACCACCAUAUACUGCAUCUCUUAGCACUUUUAGGCCUCUUGCAAACCGAAAUGACAAAUUUCCCACCCCUUCCAUUUACUUCAAUUAGUGAAAUCUUAAAAAAGGUACGGCCUCUUUCGGGCCCAGCCUCCCUGUAUAGGCCAUUAUAGGGAGUACCCCAGGGUAGUGGACCUGGUACUGAAGUGUUUUCAUAUUUUUUAAUGUUGCACCAACAGCCUUUGGAUUCUUUGAUAAGCUUCCAUCCUUCGAAGGCUUAAAAAAGACUGGAAAUAGAGUCUUUGAGGAGGCAGGCCAACAUGUGGAAACGAUCAGAGACGAAGUACAGAGGCACGCACAAAAUGUUAAGAAAACCGUUCAAGAAAAGGCAGAAUCUGCGAGAGAAACCAUCAAGCAGAGUCGAGAAUCCCUCGAAGAAGCCAUGGAAGAACCUACUAAAACGUUAGAGGAAUCAAAAGAAAAGAUCAUGGAAGUGAUACAAGAGAUGAAAAACAACACGCUUGGGGAAUCAGUAGAAGAGUUCGUGGAAAUGUUACGAGAGAUGAAAAACAAAACGCUCGGGGAAUCACAGGAAAAGUUCGCGGAAAUGGUGCGAGAGAUCAUGAGAAACAAAGUGUUCGUGGAAUCAAAAGAAAAGUUCAAGAAAAUGGUGCGAGAGAUCAUGAAAAACAAAGCAGUCGUGGAAUCAAAAGAAAAGUUCAAGGAAAUGGUACGAGAGAUGAAAAAAAGCGGUUCUUGGGAAGAAGGAAAGAAUAAACUGAAGAAAAUUAUAGAUGAGGCUGGCGAACGAGGAGAGGAAAUGAAGAAGAGAUUUGAAGAGAAAAGAAACAACUUGCGCGUGGUUGCAAUGGAGGUUAGUACUGUAGGCAAAAUACACGCUUUGUUGUUUCUAUUCGGAAAGUUAGACCCUGUUUAGGACAGGUUCAGUUCAAAAUGUAUACCCUGUUCAAAAGGGCAGCAAGCCCCCCUUAACCCCCCCCACAACCCCCCCCCCCCCCCCCCAACCACACAAAAAAAAAAAAACAAAAAAAAACAACUCAAAGCAAUAUUAAAUAACUACGGUACAAUAAAACGCAGAUAUUUCCGUUUUUGUCUUCGUGGCUAAGAGUAGCAGGCGGCGCACCACGCACACCCUCACCCACUACAUACUUCCUCCCCCCCCCCCCCCCCCCCCCCCCCCCCAAAGAAAAAAAUGCAAAUCAGCGAAAACAAUUCAAGUGGUUGAGUUGCGUUUAAAAAUCCGUUAGCUUGCAAUCCAGUGGUUCUGUCGCUUUUUGGAACACGAGAGAAUACGAGAGCGUCGCGCAACAGUCCACCUUUCUCGCAUCUCUUGCCUGUAAAAAAGCUGUUCGCAGUCUACCGGACGCCUGGGCCAAACACUUUCGCAUCACCCAUAAAACACCUUGUUUGACCCUCCAAAAUGAUGUAAAGCAUUGUCUGUAAUUGUUCUGCACAGAACCGUGUCCCUUCCUAGUCUUUUGAGGGUUGCCUGACAAGACAAAUACGGCUGCGAGAGAGGGAGAUCAAUCCCUUGCCCCAAUCCCCCAAAUAGAAAGCAUAAUUCGCAUAUAAUUCGCAAGGGCAGCUUCUUAAUCUGUUCCAUGUUUUUAUGUUGCUUGACUGCACCAACAUCGAGGAUAUUUGAUAAUUGUUUUUUCUAUGUUCAUUAACUUCAGGUAGCCCUACCCCCACGUGCUUGCAGGAUUAUUUUCUGUGCAUUGUCAAAUCAAAAAACCAAAAACUUAGGAAGCGCGCCCUCUUUUGAGCGCCGUCCUAUUUCUUCCGGCGCUAAUUCGACGAAAUUUCCUGACAAAGGGCGCCAUUUUUAAUUUUUUUCCAGCGAUGGCAGAAAGUGAAGGAAUUUUACGGAGAGCGUCUGGAAGAAGUUAAACAGACUAUCACGAGCCUAGAGGAACAACUUGAACAACAGAUGCCCGACAGACCCUUUGAGGAGUUGAAAUCCUUCAACAUGAAAAUAAAAGAUCUUUGCAAGUAAGCAACAGAAUAGAUACGAGGAAAGACGGCAGGGAGGCUCGCAAAUUGCUCUCCUUUUCCCCCCUCUUUUCUCGCCUCGCUUGUCAGUACGGAAAGCGAGGGGCAUCACCCCUUCCCCUAUCCCCUGGCACUUGCUUUUGCCCGUUUAGCUCGGUGGUUGAAGUGUACCUGACAUCUUUCAAAUUCUUACGAAAAAAUCUCCCCACAAGUCAAAUUUGACUAAACUAUGGUUUCGUAAGUCGAAUCUUCCUCCUAUAACUGCUUUUUGUUGUCCCCAUGUUCUUUCCGUUUUCAAAAAUUUCGAGGAUUUAAUGCUGAGCAUACGCAAGAGGGGGGCGGAAAGAAAAAGAAGGCAAAACGUUUGUGAGCAACAAACAUCAUAGGGCUAUUACUUGCGUAUUUUGUCGUCGUAUUUUUCACCUAUACCAUAACUUUGAUCUGGUCUUUAACAAAAGGUGAAGGUGAAGUUUCGCGGAAAAUUUGUUCAAACAUAACUAAUAUCACGGAUGUCAAACUAGGUUUGCCGUCUCUUUAGUCUUCCCCUUCCGUCUUGUUGGGUAACUUUACUAAUCAGUUCCAAACCAAAAGGUUCGAUUUUUUCAUCCACAGAAAGGUAAACUACUGAAAAUACAAGUUUUUCACGUUUGACACAGUCCAUCCUCUAAACUUGGCUAGCAUCUUUCAGCAAAUAGCCGGCUGAAGCUUGAAAUUUACAUUAACAUUUUUUGUACAAUUUCUGUCUUUUAACAGAGGUUUUAAACAAAUGCUCAAGGUAAAAGUAAACCAACUCAAAGAGAAAUUAGAACUGGAGCCUACUGAAGAGGAAGAAGAAGAGGAAGAGGAAGAGGAAGAAUCCGAAACAACGACCCCGACCACUGGCACCGAGGUGGACCCUGAAAUCCCCGAAGAAGUAAAGCCAACUUCCGUGUCCUCCAGUACCGAAGGCGUUAUGGGAGAAGAAGAGGUUGAAGAACCUGAAGAGAAGAUAAGUUUCCGAGAAAAAGUUAGGCGCAAGUUUGGGAGGUUGUCGAGACUCUUCAAGUUAAAACGAAGGUUGAUGAAUAAAGGAAAGUAG